AUGUGGUUUUCUCGGGCGCUCGUGCGUGCAUUCGCGCUUUUGACACCAGAAGAACAAGAGUUUGCACUCAAUACCACAGUCACUUAUGCUCCUCAGGCAUAUGAAUACAUCCGUCAAUGCAAAGCCUCUGAUGAUGGCGUUACUGUUCCCACCAUGGGGAAAGAAGUACCAGUGGAGAAGUUAUCGGAAUGGGCUUGGGAUAAAGUUGCAGAGCACCCAAUGGUUUGGCGAAGCCCUAUGAAUCCAGAUCGGCCUUUCCUCCAGGUCCAUGGGUGCUGUGUUUACAAGCUCACCACCAGAAACCCUACGACAGGGAAGGCCACGGUGAUGGAUGAUGUGGAGAAGGUCAGAGAGGUGGUACACAACACGCAAAAGAAGAUUUAUGCUGCCGAAAAUAUCUACGCUCACAGAUGGCAAGAGGGGGAUGUGGUUAUCUUCCACAACCGUGGUGUCAUGCACAGCAUUACUGGUCAAUUGGCGAAGUACAAGGAGGAGGAUAAGAAACGGAUGUUGUGGCAAUGCACGAUGACAAGCACCACGCCUCCUAAGCCCUUCCUGGACUAUGAGGGCGUAAAUAACACAGGCUACGUGAGGGUAUGA